UGUGGUCAUGGCGCUCCGUGGUGAACAUGAUGAGGAAAAUUGUGAAAAUUUAGUGCCAGCGGUUCGUUUGUAUACGAGCAUAAACGAUGAAAGUCAAUAUACAGUCUAUAAGUGGCGUUGGUUUGUAUUGGCGACACUGACUUUAAUAGCUGCUUCAAAUGGAAUGAUCUGGCUUUCAAUGUCUACAGUGGCUAACUAUGCUGCAGACUAUUAUGAUGUUAGUCUGGAAGCUAUCAACUGGCUGAGCAUUGUCUACUUUAUUACAACUGUGAUCCUAGGAAUACCCGCAAUUUAUAUGUUGGAACACUGUGGACUUAGAGCAUCAAUUUUGGCUGCAGCCUGGCUAAAUGCACUUGGACAGUUGGUUAGGGUGCUAAGUCAGUAUGACGACAGAAUCAAGUUUCCUCUGAUGAUGGGUGGCCAGACCAUAUCUUCAUUUGCUCAGCCCCUCAUCCUUUUCAUGCCUGCAAAACUAGCAGCAGUCUGGUUUCCUGAUGGUCAAAGAACAUUAGCUACAACCAUAGGAUCUUUGGGUCAAACGCUAGGGAUGCUAGCAGCAACUACGAUAUCGCCACCCAUUGUGAGCCACCACAGUCACAUACCUCUGCUGAAUGACAUCAUCAUAGGACCAGCUGUAUUAGCAGUUGUCAUGGCAACAUUUGGGGUUUGCAGCUCCACUCCACCCACAGCACCAUCUGGUGGGGCAGAAGAGGAGGGACACACCCAAUCUAUCAUAACAGGAAUUAAGCAGGUGAUGGUCGACAAGAUGUAUCUGUUGCUGGUGUUCAUAUCAGGUGCUGGGUUUGCAGUCUUCUGUGCUAUCCUGACCCUCAUGACACAGUUUCUCUGUCCACAGGGAUACUCCGACGAAUUUGCUGGCUGGUGCAGUGCUCUCAUGAUCAUAUUUGGCUUCAUUGGAUCUGUGAUAGUCGGCAUUAUUGUGGACAAAACGAAACUGUAUGCAGAAAUCACAAAGACUGCCCUUGCACUGACUAGUAUUACCUUGUCUAUAUUUGUGGUGUUCAGUUUGCAGUAUAACCAAGAGAUACCUUUGGCUAUACUCGCUAGUUUAGUGGGCAUCGCUGCGCUGCCAGUCUAUCCUCUUGUGCAAGAGAUGGCAGUGGAGAUGACAUACCCUGUUCAUGAAGCCAUUAGUGUGGGAAUACUCAACAUCAGCUGUUGUAUACAAAGCGCAGUGGUAGUUGUGCUGUUACCACUGCUAGCAAAGCCGUUGUCUAGUGCUGCUAUGUCUCAUGAGACUUGUUCAACUAACCCACAUUCAGGGGGUGUCACAGCAUUCGACCAGACAGCUCCUGUCUUGGCUUUGAGUGCCUUUGCUGCACUGUCAUCCAUACUUACAAUUGUGGGUCUGCGCCCAAGAUACCACCGAAUGGAGAUGGAACAUCGUGAUAAAGUAGAGGAAUAGUGUGAUAUGGUAAUUAUAUGCAAUAUGAUCUGAUUUUUGUGAGAAAAUUUCCUUUAUUGUAUACAUGCAAGGAAGGCAAUUUAACUGCUUUAACUGAGUGUGGGAUAAAGCUGAAUUGAAAUAUUAGUGCAAUUGUGAUAUUUAUGUAUAUUAGUCAAUGUAAUUAGAUCAAGAUCGUUUUAUUUCUUGUAUCAAAAUAUGAAGUAAUGUAUUUAAUCCAAUUUAUAACAUAGAGAUCAGAAGAUGGAUAUAAUUGAUUUGCCAGCAUGUAAACAAGGUUGAUACUAUUACUGUAAAUUUUCUGCUAUCUAGUUUUCUCUCUGAAAUGUUUUCUUUUCCUUGCUGAUGCGAACAUGUGUAUGUUGAUAUGGCAACAUAUUUUUUAUUCUAGUUAUGUUACCUUCAACUGUCUAAAAUCUUUAAUCCAUGAACAUCCGUUUUGUUGAAAAUAAAAAUGAGGAACUGUAUGUCAAUGCUCACUCAUAUUCUACUUGUCAUAUGAUCUACAAAGACAUUUUUAUUGCCAUAUGUAAAUCCUACAGUGUCCCCUUUUAAUGUGUGACGUUUGUAAACAGACCUGUCUACAAUGUAAAGUCCAAAUACGCCUGUUGUUUUUAAUUUCUACAUAGAUGUAUAUCGAUGAUGUAAUGUUUUAGUUAAUAUUACAAUUAAAAAAUUGUUAAAUUGUAAGA